CGCAUGCGAAUUGCCGAAUUUCAGUUCCCCUCAAAAUUCCAAAUCUAGGGUUCUUUCCUGUGCUCCCUUGUGCGAUCUGUAAAAAAUGGGAUUGGCUGUGGAUGAUAAGGGCCGUAGGUUCACCUCUCAUUCGCCCACUUGGGAUUAUGCAGAACCCAAACUGAAGAAGCAAAGGGUCGGUGGCGGCGGCCAUGGAAGCGACGGGGACAGCAGCGGAGACACCACCGUAUUCAUUGGGAACGAACAGGACGAUGAGUACUUUGAGGAGCACAAGCACUUGCUUGAGCCAGAACACUACGAGAAGUGGACUCAAGAGGAAAAACGACAAUACGGACGCUACAUUCAUCAGCUUGAUAUCUCUAAUUGCUAUUAUCUCGACUUUUUCCCAACAAUUAUCUCUGGGUAUGGGGCUAGACCCAUCGAUUUCAGCAAUGAUGAUUAUGAAGAGCAUUCUCCCCAGAUCAAUAGGUGCAUCGAGGUUGCUCUGGGAAAGCAAAAGGAGGAGGAACUGGAAUUGAUUGACAUAGUGAGGGCCAUUCACUCUACCGGUUAUGGCUCUGUGUAUUGGAUAACUAUGGAUGUCAGGAACAAAGGUACGGGAGAAAUCAAAACUUGCAUUUGUAAAGUACACCAUGGAGUUAAGGGUGGAGCUGAGGAUGAUAUGAUCGUCGAACAUUUCAAAUUUAUCCCUUCGAACUUUAAAUAUAUGCAAGGAAGUACAUUGAAUGAACAAGCAUCAAAACUUUUCAAUACUGCUUGAAUCUCGAGGCAUCGUAGAUAUUGUUUGCAUGAGAUGAGCUCUUGAGGAAUUGCACUAUGUAGGUGUAGUGUUAUAUUAUUAGAUAUUCUAACUUUGUUAAUCUCAUACAACUUCAUGUCAAAGGGCUUGUCUGUAUUGGAUGGAUAACUUCCUGUGCUGUGUUUUGGCCUUUGGGUUUAUUAUGUUAGUGGCAGCAGCUUUCAGCUCUAUGAAUGGAAAUCUUUUGUUUUAGUCGAUGCCUCUAAAAAGUGUGAAACAUCUGUUGAUGUGGUCAAUCUAUCUGCAUUCUGGUUUGGUUAUUAGAUUGGGCAAAAUAAAUGACAGUAAAUUGA